CAAUAGCAGUUUAAGAGACACGUAACAAUGGCGAUAAGAUUUCUAGUCAGACCCUCUGUUUAUAGCCUCAUCACUUUCACCACGGCAACCAUCCCUUCACUCCAAAUUCCAAAGCCUCCGGCUUUCUCCACAAGCCCGAAGCCCCAAAUUCCAAGGCCCCCAGAUUUCUCACAAAAAACUUACCACAUGAAUGUAGUUUCUCUCUCAAAUCUAUUCCAAAGGUACCGUUUCCCCCCAUGCAAACUACAUACUUUUCUCACUAGGAAUCGAUUUUUACUGAAUUCCCAUUCCGCUGACAUCGAAAAGUCACUUAAAAUUCUUAUAUCCUUGAAACCUUGUCAAGACUUUCUCCAUUCAGUUGUAAAUAAUUGUCCUAGGGUUCUAGAGCUGGAAUUUCUCAAAAAAUGGGAAAUGGGUAUCUCGGAAAUGGGGGCUUCUCAUGUUUCCUGGAUAACUAUUCAGAAUGUUCUUGAAGUUUCUAGGAAAUUCGAUUUAGACCCAAAUGAUUUUUAUCGGUGUCUACAGUGUUUGAAGGGUCUAAGGUUAAGUGAUAGUGCUGUGAAUAGGGUUUUAGAGACAUUUCCAAUGGUAAUCAUGAUGAGUGGGGACCAAAUUCGUGAUAGGAUUGAAUUCUUGGUGGGAAUUGGCAUUCAAAGGAAUGAAAUUGAUCGGAUUUUCCAGUGGUUUCCGGGUAUUUUGGCAUAUAGUAUGGAAAAUAAGCUGAAGCCCUUGUUUUCUGAAUUUGAGGAUUUGGGUUUUAGUACAGAUGUGGUUAGGAAAGAAAUUCUUAGAGACCCGAGAAUUCUCGGAUUGGAAGUAGGGGAGCUCUCCAAAUGUUUGAGAAUGCUGAGGAGUUUGAAGUGUCGGGUAGCAAUUGACGAGAAAAUAUUUCGUCAGGGAGUGUUUAGGGCAGGGUAUGAAGUGAAAUUGAGGGUUGAUGUUUUACACAAAUAUGGUUUAACAUAUAGAGAUGCAUUUACAAUAUUGUGGAAAGAGCCGAGGGUAAUGUUGUAUCAGAUAGAGGACAUUAAGAAGAAGAUUGAGUUUUUGAUAAAUAGGAUGAAAUUUGAUGUUCUUUGCCUGGUUGAAGUUCCAGAAUAUUUGGGGGUGAAUUUUGAGAAACAGAUUGUACCUAGAUACAGUGCAAUUGAGUAUUUGAGGUCAAAAGGUGGGCUUGGGGAUGAGGUGGGGUUGAAGGCUUUAAUUAAGUGUAGUCGGAUGAGAUUCUACAAUCUUUAUGUCAAGCCAUAUCCAGAAUGUGAAAAAAUAUAUGGGAGGUUUGCCGGAGAUGUUGAAGUUAAAAACCGACAUCCAGUUGGAAUGUGGAAGCUUUUCAAACCACAAAAGUAUCGAGAGUCGAAAGAGGAUGUGCAGAACAUCAAAUGCUUCAUGGAGACUUUGGUUUAAGGAGAGAGUGCCACACAGUUUUCCUCACCUCUAUGGACAGUUGAGACAUGUAUUCGUUCAGCUUAUCCUUUGUGAGG